AAAAUUACUAUUAUAAUGAAAGAUAAGCUAUUCAUUAAUACCCUAAAAUCCUUCAACGAGUUGACAAAAGAUGAUCAGAAAAAGUGCAAGGAUCUGUUCGAAAGACCUCUCCACCCCAAAAUAAAAAAAUAUAAAUACAUGAAGUUUACACAGGAAAUUCUCCAGAAGUUUCCAGAUGAAAGUCAGAAGAAGCCGUAUUUCUUGACAUUUCAGACAAUAUCUUUGCACGACAAGUACAGUGCUCUAAUAUUUAGUCUUUGUGGCAUUUUCGAAAGCUUCCAUUUAAUCAUUUACUUCGGAGUCUUUGAGGACGAAAAAGUUCAAAAAAAGGAGGUAUUUAUCUGUGAUAUUUUGAUCAACUUAAUAAAAAAGGAUUUGCCCAAUUUGAAAAUUUUCACCAUGAAAUUUGUUCUACUGCACAAUAACUUGAUUAAUAAAAAUGUGGUCAAGAUUCUUUCAGAAAUGGAGUCCAGCAUCUGCAAAAAUAUAGAAGAAAUAUUCGGCAAAUAUAGAAAGAUCGCUGGCACAAAGAACAUUCAAUACCUGGAACAGUUUCUAAGGGACUUCUAUAAGCUUUCCCGAGUACUAUUGACUGACAAUAUAUCCAUAACAUUGCACCUUUGCACCUUGGAAUGCGUGGAUAAUUUUGAAAUUAUAAUUCGCAGUCACAUGGAGGCCUUAAAGGAGCACAUAACUCGAAAGCUGAUAUUUGAACUUUUGAGGGCAUUGAUCAUUAUCUAUGGACGCUGAUGCAGGCAUUGAACUAAAAAUUAAAUGUAUGCGUUUAUUUUUU